CUUUGGCUUAGUCUCUUUCGAAUUGCCUUGACUGUUUCCUAAAAACCAUCUAGUUUUUUCUGCGUCUCUCCUCUUUGUGAAUGAAGCCUCAUGCAGUAGAGCUUCCCUUGGGCAGAAGUCAUGCACAGCCAAAAACACCAAAAAUUGUCCUACUUAUAAUCUUUGGCACCUUAGUUUUGCUCACUAUCAUUCCGGUAUUUUACCCUUUGCUAGGGUAUCCUGUAUACCUGUUAAAACACUCCUCUUCCAAGCCAUCAUCCACAUAUGAUUCUCAAGAACUCGAAGCUUCAAUAAGUAUAUCCGAAGGUGAGACUUGUGACAUAUUUUCCGGGGAAUGGAUGCCAAAUCUUGAUGCACCUUACUACACGAACACGACAUGCUGGGCAAUACAUGAGCAUCAGAAUUGCAUGAAAUAUGGAAGGCCUGAUACGGAGUUCAUGAAAUGGAAAUGGAAACCUGAUGGCUGUGAGCUUCCGGUUUUCAACCCUGCUCAGUUCCUUGAAAUUGUUAGAGGCAAGUCCUUGGCCUUUGUUGGAGAUUCUGUGGGUAGAAACCAAAUGCAGUCCUUGAUAUGCCUCCUCUCCAGGGUGGAAUACCCAGUAGAUGUUUCAUACACACCAGAUGAAAAAUUCAAACGAUGGAAAUACACAACUUACAACUUCACUAUUGCUUUUUUUUGGACUCCACAUUUGGUAAAAUCUAAACAAACAGACGUAAACGGUCCGACAAAAACCGGACUCUUCAAUCUUUAUCUUGACGAAUUUGAUGAAGAAUGGACAACUCAAAUCGAAGAAUUCGACUACCUAAUUAUCUCUGGAGGGCAUUGGUUUUAUCGUCCAUCAGUUUUCUAUGAAAAUCAUCAAAUUGUUGGUUGUCAUUUUUGCCUCAUAGAAAAUGUGACAGACAUGACAAAGUUCUAUGGCUAUAGAAAGGCUUUCAGGACUGCUUUUAGGGCUAUUAAUAGCUUAGAAAAUUUCAAAGGCAUAACAUUUUUAAGGACUUUUGCACCAUCACACUUUGAGAAUGGAUUGUGGAAUCAGGGUGGAAAUUGUGUGAGAACAAAGCCGUUUACGAGCAGAGAGAUAGCGCUGGAUGGCGAAAACUUGGAGCUUUAUAUGAUUCAGAUGGAGGAAUUUAGGAUUGCAGAAAGAGAAGGGAGAAAGAAGGGGAAGAGAUAUAGGCUAAUGGACACAACACAAGUAACAUUGUUGAGACCAGAUGGUCAUCCUAGCAGAUAUGGGCAUUGGCCUCAUGAAAAUGUGACCUUGUACAAUGAUUGUGUGCAUUGGUGCUUGCCUGGUCCGAUUGAUACUUGGAAUGAUUUCUUACUUCAAAUGUUGAAGAUGGAAGGAGCAAAAUCACACCAUGAGAGGCUUUAUUCAGAUAAGAGGAAAACGAGAUUCGAAUAGAUUCAAUUUAUCUUGCCUUCUUUUUGUUUCUAAUUAUUUUGUCUUCAGUACUUCUUCUGUAAUUUAUCAUACCUUACAUAUCAUUUUAUUUAAUUUGAUUUACAUUUUUUGUACUUUAAAUAUAGUAUAAAAUGACAGAGUUGCCACUGUGGUUGAGUUGAGUUGCCUGCUUAAAACUGAAACUAGGACAUCAUUUAAUUAUAAUCU